CACUGCUAAUAUAAAAAAAUGGGAGACUGGAACUUCCUCGGAGGGAUCUUGGAGGAGGUGCAUAUCCACUCCACCAUGGUCGGCAAGAUCUGGCUGACCAUCCUGUUCAUAUUCCGGAUGUUGGUGCUGGGCGUCGCAGCGGAGGACGUGUGGAACGACGAGCAGUCGGACUUCAUCUGCAACACCGACCAGCCCGGCUGCCGCAACGUGUGCUACGACCAGGCCUUCCCCAUCUCCCUCAUCCGCUACUGGGUGCUGCAGGUGAUUUUCGUGUCUUCGCCCUCCCUGGUGUACAUGGGUCACGCCAUCUACCAGCUGCGAGCUCUGGAGAAGGAGCGGCACUGCAAGAAGGUGGCUCUCCGUCGGGAGAUGGAGGCGGUGGACGUGGAGCUGGUGGAGGUGAGGAGGAGGAUUGAAAAGGAGAUGAGGCAGCUGGAGCAAGGGAAGCUCAACAAAGCACCGCUGAGGGGCUCGCUGUUGUGUACGUAUGUGGCCCACAUUGUCACUCGCUCAGUGGUGGAGGUCAGCUUCAUGAUGGGUCAGUACAUCCUCUACGGACACCACCUGAGCCCUCUUUACAAGUGUGAAAGGGAGCCGUGCCCGAACGUGGUGGACUGCUUCGUCUCCAGGCCCACGGAGAAAACGGUUUUCAUGAUGUUCAUGCAAGCGAUUGCCUCCAUCUCCCUCUUCCUCAGCCUUCUUGAGAUCAUGCACCUGGGGUUCAAGAAGAUUAAGAAGGGCAUCCUGGACUAUUACCCACACCUGAAGGACGACCUCGAUGAUUAUUACCUCAACAAGUCAAAAAAGAACUCGGUUGUGCAUCAGGUUUACAUGGGCACGUCUGUGGGUCGCAAGGCUACUAUUCCCACAGCACCAUGUGGGUACACAUUACUGUUGGAGAAGCAGGGCAAUGGACCUGCCUACCCUCUUCUCAAUGCCUCCUCUGCCUUCGUCCCAAUACAAGGGGACCCUGGUGCAAAGCCAGACAGCCACAAGGACGGCAAGGAGGGAGUGCCAAGCCCCACGGAGCAAAACAGCAACUCCAACAACACAAGCAGCGAGACACGUUCUCCUCCUGCAGACAAACAGGAUGAGCCAGAGGAACCAUCUUCGCCCCAUCACGAGGACAUGGAGUGUGCCAACUCCGAGUAUCCCACCCUGCCCGUAGCAGACACCUCCUCCUGCACAACGCUGUCAGGCAUUGCCAGGAAGUCACGGAGGGUCAGUCCACCGUGGCACUGCUCCACUCUGGUGGAGGGGAACGGCUCAGACAGCGGGGAUUCCUACCACGGGAACAACAGCAUGAAGCUACGUAGCAGCUGUGUCGGCCCCCGAGCGAGGAUGCUCCCUAAAUCAGACAUUAAGAGGCCGAGCAGGUCCCAGAGCCCGGACUCUGCAGGGGAGCUGAGCUCUGUGUCUCGACACAGCCGUGAGAGUAACAGUCCCACGGCUUCUUCUCCAAACCGCCGAGUGUCAGCGGCGAGCAGUGCCAGCAGCAGACGAGCUCCAACUGAUCUGCAGAUAUAAAACAAUGAGUGUCUGCUCACCAACAUGGCAACAGAUACUCUAAAUAAGCCAUGUUUGGGUGAAGGUUGUGGGAACACUAUAUUACUGCACUUUUCACACAUUUGAUGUUCUUUAAAAGACAUUGAAACAAGCACAAACAAGCCUUUGUUACCCCGUGCUAUGAAGAUUAUGCUUCGACACCCAAGAGAAGCCUUCUUUUCCAAUCAUAUUUAACAAGAACUUAAGAAGCAUAAUGACAUUCUGCUCUUCACACUUUGACCGCAGCGGAUUCUGUCGUUUCCUCACAUUUCCAGAUCUGCCACAGAGAUUCAGAUGGACAUUUUAUGAUUUGUUUGUAUGCAGCAGCUCUGUCUGAAUGAUUAGAGGGGCAAUGGAAAAAAUGGAAAACAAAUCUAUAACGUUGUUUUAGGUCGCCUAGUGGUGUUAUGCAACCGGUGUGAUUCAAUCCAACGUGUCUGAGAGUCCUUCAGCAGGAACAGCAAACAUAAAAAUAAACCCCAGUUCUGCAAAAUGAGUGCUGAAUAUCUUGGUGACAUGAAUAAAAAUGUAUUUAAUGUGUUGUCAUCUAUCAGACUUUAUUUUCCCAUCAGGUAAACAAGCAGCAAUCUCUGAAUUAUUGUUUGGUUUUGUAUGAAAAUGUAUUUUUUACUAGAUACUCAUUCAUGCAGUUG